AUGUGCAGCUCGCUGAGUCCAAAACAGCCUUUCAGCCCCGGACUGACUGACAUGCAGCAGUACCAACAGUGGCUCUCCAGUCGACAUGAAGCCAGCCUGCUGCCCAUGAAGGAGGACUUGGCCCUGUGGCUCAGUAAUAUUCUUGGUCUGGAAAUCACCGCUGAGAGCUUCAUGGAUCAGUUAGACAAUGGCUUCCUGUUGUGCCAGCUGGCUGAGACACUACAGGAGAAGUUCAGACAAAGUAAUGGAGACCUGCCUGCCCUUGGCAACAGCAAGAAGAAAAUCCCACAUCGGAGGAUACCCUGUCGGCAGAGUGCUCCAUCUGGCUCAUUCUUUGCACGUGACAAUACGGCCAACUUCCUGGCCUGGUGCCGCGAGGUUGGAGUCGGAGAAACGUGUCUGUUUGAGUCGGAAGAUUUAGGUAGUUCGUCACACAGGCUGGACUGCUUCCAUAACUUUUCCACAGAGGUUCAGAAGCCUCACAUAUCCAGGCUCUGCUUCACCUCCUUUGACCUUAAAAAAAAGAAGCUCUCACGGGCAGCAGUCUGUUGGGAGAACAGGGAGGAGAGCAGCUCUAUCGGACAGUCAGGACAUCUUGAAUCACAGGGUUUUCUUCAUAAGCAGCCACGGGAAGUUUGCCUCUGUCUUUUAGAGUUGGGACGGAUAGCAUCGCGGUACAAUGUGGAGCCACCUGGCCUUAUAAAACUGGAGAAGGAGAUUGAACAAGAAGAGAGUGCACCCCCACCUCUUCCAUCACCUGUAUCUCCACCUCAGCCCAUCCCUUCAUCCCCCUCUUCCUCCCCUUCACCAUCUCCAUCCCAGUCUCCGUCUCCAUCUCCAAUUCCACCCAAAGUGACAUCAAGCAAAAAAAGUACCGGGAAGUUGUUGGAUGAUGCUGUAAGGCGCAUCGCAGAUGAUCCGCCCUGUAGGUGUGUGAAUAAGUUCUGUGUGGAGAUACAGUCGCAGGGACGUUACCGAGUUGGUGAGAAGAUGCUUUUCAUAAGGAUGCUGCACAACAAGCAUGUGAUGGUGCGGGUUGGUGGAGGCUGGGAGACCUUCGAGAGCUACCUGCUGAAACAUGACCCCUGUCGCAUGCUUCAGAUUUCCAGAGUAGAGGGAAAGAUGUCACCUAUCAGCAUCAAGUCCCCCAACAUCAAGGACCUUACCCCUGACAGCUACCUGGUGGUAGCAGCCCAUUACCGAAGCAAGAAGUGA